AGUUGUGUUUGAACCUGGAGAUUGGGUUUGGGUGCAUAUGCGGAAGGAGCGAUUCCCUGCACAAAGGCAUUCUAAGUUGCAACCAAGAGGCGAUGGACCAUUUCAAGUGAUUGCAAGGAUAAACGACAAUGCAUACAAGUUGGAGCUUCCUGGUGAGUAUAAUGUUAGGGCUACUUUUAAUGUUUCUGAUCUUUCUCCUUUUGAUGUAGGUGACGAUUUGAGGACAAAUCCUUUUGAGGAGAGAGGGAAUGAUGGGAAUCAAGAUGACCCCACAUGUACCACGUCAAUAGAUCCAUUACACAUUCCAGGAGGUUCAGUCACGAGAGCUAAAGCCAGGAAAAUGCGAGAAGCUUUAAAUGGCCUUAUUGAGCAGAUCUGGGUUGAUAACAACAUGCAACAAGUAAAUCGAAGCUUGGAUGAUUAUCAAAGCAUGAUGAACAUCAUUCAGGACUUCAAGGACAUGUUUCCAGAGGACAUCCCUAAUUGUUUACCACCAAUAAGAGAAAUUGAGCAUCAGAUUGACUUCAUUCCAGGUGCAACAAUUCCAAACCGACCAGCAUAUCGAAGCAACCCUAAUCAGACGAAAGAACUUCAAAAACAGGUUGAAGAACUCAUGAAGGGGCAUGUGAGAGAAAACAUGAGUCCAUGUGCAGUUCCAGUGCUACUUGUGCCUAAGAAGGAUGGGACUUGGUGUAUGUGCGUUAAUUGUCGCACUGCCAACAAAAUCACUGUAAAGUAUCGUCACCCUAUUCCUAGAUUAGAUGACAUGUUAGAUAAACUGCAUGGUGACGAUUUGAGGACAAAUCCUUUUGAGGAGAGAGGGAGUGAUGGGAAUCAAGAUGACCCUACAUGUACCACGUCAAGAGAUCCAUUGCACAUUCCAGGAGGUCCAGUCACGAGAGCUAGGAAGAUGCGAGAAGCUUUAAAUGGCCUUAUUGAGCAGAUGUGGGUUGAUAACAACAUGCAACAAGUAAAUCAAGCUUGGAUGAUUAUCAAGGCAUAGAAAACAUCAUUCAGAUUCAAGAGAAACUUAAUCGAGGUCGUUUAUGCUAAAUUACACAGUUUGCGUCAAAAUCCCGCAAUUCUGUCGCAAUUUGUAACAAACUGAUAUUUCAUGU